GACCAUUGUAUUUCCAGCUCACCGAUAGCACUAUUUUGGAAGAUUUCUCGCGCGUUUCUUCGGUCCGGGAUGAGCAUAGUUGCCGUGCGCAUGCGCGUCUCAUCCGCCAUCGACGUUUGCCAAUCGUUUGCCGAGUCAACGCGUGGCAGAACUCAUCAAGCUUACGAGAUAUAUCACUUGCCUUAAGACACUGCCGAAUGGCCGUUCUGCAAAUAUACAUCCACCGUGACCUUCAAGCUCUUUAGCCCCGCAAUGCAUAUCAUACUCACUGGCGCAACCGGUACCGUUGGACACGCCACCCUCCGGACUUGUUUGGCAUCUUCAAAAGUUACUCGUCUCUCUAUCUUAUCCCGACGAGAAUUUUCUUUGCCAGAAGGGGAUGGCCUGGACUCUUCCAAAGCCAAAAUCAUCGUCCACAAAGACUUCAAUUCGUAUCCAGUUUCUCUGACUGAAGAACUCAAGGAUGCCGAUGGCUGCAUCUGGGCUCAGGGAAUCAGCCAGACACAAGUCUCGAAAGAUGAAUACAUCAAGAUAACAUACGACUAUCCACUGGCUGCCGCAAAAGCGUUCGCAACGCUGUCGAACAAGUUCAACUUCGUCUAUGUAUCUGGUGAAGGCGCUGACCAAGCUGAGAAAGCAUCGACGCUGUUCGGAAAGAUCAAAGGACGAACAGAACGCGCUUUGCGUCAGCUCCCAUCGGAACCUUCACUAAGCUCACUCCGUAUAUUCAAUGUCCGCCCCGGCUUCGUUGACCCGGUUCCCGAGACGUACCAGGCGGCGAGCUUGCCCAAGCGUAUGCUAUGGUCAACAUCCCGUGUCAUCGCAAAGGCUAUGCCAAGUAUGCAUUCGCCUGCUCUAUCAUUGGGCCAAGUCUUGGUGGAUCUGGCCACAGGAGACGGCAGUCCGCUGGCUGCGGGGCCGGGAGUGGAGGAUGAAGGAAGAUUACACUCCGCGAGCAUCAUGCUGCGCAAAUACGUGACGGAGCACUGGUCGAAAUACUUUUCGACGUUCAAGGGUAGCGAGCCCCCGGCUGAGAUCAAGGCUCAGAUUCGUCAAGUAGUGUUUUCAGGCCUGUCGGAUCCAGAUCGCAAAAUCAGGAGUCUCUGCGCCCAUGUUCUCUCCUCGAUCGCGAGCUCGGACUGGCCGGAUGAAUACCCAGACCUACUUCCUGCCCUCAUUGGCCUGAUCUCGUCAGGAUCCUCAGACUCCGUCCAUGGGUCCAUGCAAGUCUUCACGGAAUUCAUCAAAUCGGAGCUGUCAGAGGCACAGAUAUUACCUGUUCUCCGUGACCUACUCCCUGUGUUGCUGUCCAUCUUGGGAGCUCCGCAGACACACUCUUCCCUCACCCGUGCACGAACUGUUUCGGUGUUCAGACAAUGUGUGACUGCAUUGUACAUGGUCAAGGGACAGCACCCCCAAGCUGUGAAAGACGCUAUCUCGACUUUUCUUCCCACUUGGCUCGAAGCCUUCAAAGUCUUAUUGAGCAGCGACCCUCAGGCCGAAAUAUCAAAUGCUCAGGAUUGGGAUGCGCUAACCGUUCGCAUCCAAGUGUUCAAGACGCUUGAUACCAUUCACACUUCCUUCCAGAAAGCUCUUACCCCACAUCUCGAUGAUUUCCUCUCGCUGUCACUGAACCACCUCCGUUCUCUCUUCGGUACCUUCUCUCAGUACUAUCUGACUGGGAACGAUUCUGCUCCUCGCUCUUCCGACAAUGAGGCUGUCGAAUUGCCACAACUUAUCUGUCCUAUUUUCGACUUCGCCGGUGCUGUCAGCCGAGGCAGCAGGGCCAAGGCUUGGUUUGCAAGCCAGAAUCUGGAGGCCUUCGUUGGUGCUGUCUUCAACUACUUACAGAUGACUUGCGAGGAUGAGGAAAAUUGGGCUUCGGACCCAAAUGCCUUUGUCGCCCAGGAGGAUGACCAAACUCAGGCUUAUAGUGUCCGAGUCGCUGGCUUUGAUCUUCUUUCCUCCUUGAUCGACGCUACGCAAGUCCGGACAGUGAACGCUUUUCAAGUUACGAUAGAGCAGAUCAUCACUGCUUCCCAGCAGGGGCGAGAGGGCGGUAGAAAAGGCUGGUGGAAACCUUUAGAAGCUGGGCUUGCCGCUAUUGGAUCGCAAUCGGAGGCUGUCCAAGAAUGCGUGGAGGAUGAGCAAGACGCCGAACGCCCCAAACCUAUCGACAUCGAAUAUCUCCUCAGCAAUGUUGUUCCCUCUAUAUUGACUCUCUCGGAGUUUCCAUUCCUCCAGGGUCGCGGGUUUGUAUUUGCGAGCCAGUACUCUACGCUCUUACCUGCUCAGCUGGCGGGUCAAUAUGUAGAUGCUGCCGUCCAAGUCGUCGAGGCCAGCGAAGCAAGCGUGCCGGUGAAGAUCUCUGCGGUCCGCGCAAUAUACAAUUUCUUCCAGGGUGGAGAUGGGUUCACGCUCGCACCCUUCGCUUCGAGAAUAGCCAAGGAUCUUGGCCCGUUCCUUCUGGCAACAUCAGAAGACACUCUUUCUCUUGUUCUCGAAACGCUUUCCGUUGUUGUUUCCAUCGACAAGGGCUCUUGGAUCACUACCGAUGUGGCAAGCGCAUUAGUCGCUGUCAUUCUCGAAGUUUGGACCAAGAACAACGAAGAUCCGAUCUUUUUGUCGAAUGUGGAUAACAUCUUGACGUCGUUGGCGGCGUCCUCGGCAGAAGGAAUUUACCCGACGGUGGUCAAGCAAGCUCUGCCCAUCUUAUGCUCGGCGAUUAGCUCCACCCCUCUCGAGCAGUCCUGGAUCACGGCUUCCGCAAUCGAACUGGUUAGCAGCCUUAUCACCGGUGCCCAGCAGGGAAAGCUCGGCGAUGGAUUCUUUGCUGUGCUAGCACCUGCGCUAUUCAAGUCUAUAGCUGAGGCUGAAGAUCGAGAUGUGCUCCAGCACGGUAUCUCAUGCUUGACCCUGGUGAUUCGCAAAGAUUGUAAACAACUGCUCUCCUGGUCCGACUCAGGUCGUAGUGGUCUUGACAGUGUCUUCGGUGUGAUUGCCAAUGCGCUGCAGAGCCGGGAUGAAUCGGGCGGAUUGGUCAUCGGGGAUCUGAUCAUUCACUUGCUUCGCAGAGCCGGUGAAUCCGUGCUGCCUGUGCUGCCGGAGCUCUUGCAGGCUAUGAUUACCCGCAUGUUGACAGCGAAAACUGCUACGUUCCUCCAGAGUCUUAUCAUUCCCUUUGCUUUUCUCAUAAACAACCAGCGCGACACGGUGCUGGAUUUGUUGGAAUCUAUGAACGUGGAGGGUCGAUCUGGGCUGGAUAUUCUCAUCCAAACGUGGUGCGAAAACGCAGUGACAUUCCAGGGCUUUUGGCCCUCGCGUGUCAGCACUUUGGCGCUGUCGCAGUUGUUCAUGUCGGACCGCACGGCUCUCACCAGUCUGGCUGUGAAGGGGGACAUCAUACUCAAGCCCGAGACCCGAAAUGUCAUUAUGACACGGUCCCGAACGAAGCUUAGCCCACUGGAGUUCAGCUCGAUUCCGUUCCAUCUGAAGGCGCUCAAACUGCUGGUGCACGAAGUGCAAGCGGGAGGCGAAUCUGCGACUAUAACAGCCCAGGGUGAUACCUUCGAUGUGGAGACAGACGAUGGGGACGAGGAGUGGGCCGAGGAGGAGAAGCUGGAGGACAACGACGAGUUCCAGUACCUGUCCGAGCUGAUUGGACCGAAAGGCGUUGCUUUCGACAAUGAUGAUGUUCUCGAGGGCGAUGACGACGAGGACCUCCAGCAAGAUCCUGUUUCCACUAUGGACAUGCAGGCAAGCAUUUGUUUCAAUUGA